UUAAUAAAACCCUCAAGACAGAGACAAACUCACAAUUGAACAAAGACAACAACAAAAACAACAAAAGCAAAAUAUAGUGCCAAAUUAAGCAAGAUGGAGAUAUUGUCGCAAAUGUGGUCGUUUUUGGGGCUUCUCACAGUCCUCCAAAACGUCUUGCCCACUCAGCUCCUCUCUCUCCUUCACUCCUUCUACGAGUCUCUCCAAGACUUCUUCUCCCCUUACUCUUACUUCGAAGUCCCAGAGUUCAAUGGCUACUGCGGCGUCGACGUCAACGACCUCUACCGCCAAGUCAACCUCUACCUCAACUCUGUCAACAACCCCUCCACCGCCGCCACCUGCCGCCGCCUCACCCUCUCUCGCUCCAAGUCCUCCAACCGCAUUUCCUUCACCGUCGCGCCCAACCAAACCGUCCACGACUCUUUCUCGAACCACACUCUCUCUUGGACUCACCACGUAGACACUGUCCAGGACUCUCUCGAAGAGAAACGAAGCUUCACUCUCAAGCUCCCGAAGCGCCACCGACACACCCUCCUCUCGCCUUAUCUCGACCACGUGACCAAGCGUGCAGAAGAGUUCGAGCGUGUCUCGCGCGAGAGACGGCUUUUCACCAACAACGGCCACGGCUCCUACGAGUCCGGCUGGGUCUCCGUCCCUUUCCGCCACCCUUCCACGUUCGAAACUCUCGCUCUAGAGCCGGACCUCAAGAAGCAGAUCACGGAGGACUUGACGGCGUUCGCGAACGGCAAAGAGUUUUAUCACAGAGUUGGACGUGCAUGGAAACGUGGGUACUUGCUGCAUGGUCCACCUGGGUCUGGCAAGUCGAGCUUGAUCGCCGCCAUGGCGAACUAUCUCUGCUACGACGUGUACGACUUGGAGCUAACGAAAGUGUCUGACAAUUCUGAGCUGAGAGCUUUGCUGAUACAGACGACGAACAGGUCGAUUAUCGUGAUAGAGGAUAUUGACUGCACGGUGGAUCUGACGGUGGACAGAACGAUGAAACCGAGGACGACGGUGAUGAGGAAGAGGAAGGAGAUGGUGGCGCGUGGCGAGCAGGAGGAGAGCGGGCGGGUGACAUUAUCGGGGCUCCUGAAUUUCACAGACGGGCUAUGGUCGUGUUGCGGAGAAGAGAGGAUCAUAGUGUUCACCACGAAUUACAGAGACAAUGUGGACCCUGCAUUGGUGAGGUGUGGAAGGAUGGACGUGCACGUCAGCCUCGGCACGUGCGGGAUGCACGCUUUCAAGGCCUUGGUUAAGAACUACCUCGGUUUGGACUCGCACCCGGUGUUCGAGGUGGUGGAGAGUUGCCUGAGGUCUGGUGGGGCCCUCACGCCGGCUCAGGUUGGGGAGGUACUGCUGAGGAACAGAGGUGACGCUGACUUGGCGUUGAGAGACGUUGUGGCUGCAAUGCAGGCGAAGAUAUUGGGGUUGGGACAUGGGGAGGGGAUGGAGUGUGAUGACGCCGCGGCGGUGACGGCUGGGAGGUCGCCGGAGAGCGUGUUGAUGGUGGGGUCGCCGGAGAGUUGGAUGAAGAAGAGGAAGGAAAGUGGUGGGUGUGGUGGUGGUGGGUCUACGUGGGAAAAGAAAGUGAAGUUCUUGGUGAGGCUUAGAUCUUUGACCAAGUCUGAUUCGGGAAGAAGGGGUGUAUGACUAUGAAUUAUGAGUCUUUUGAGAUAUGGACUCUACAUAAAGUCUAACGUGACAAAUGAUAUAUAUUAUAGAUGUUUGAUGUGUAUCAUAUCAUAUCAUCUCCUUGAUGGAGCAAUUUUUGGGUUUUUUUUUUUUUAGACUUUUGAGGUAGUACUUGUUUGGUGUAAAAAUGUUUAAUUUCAACUGUGUUUAUGAUGUACCUGUUGCAAAUUAAUAACAAUUUCUUUG